GGUGUUUAAGGAAAGAUGGGGCGUGGCACCACGUACCAUGGUGAUGCUCGGUCGCAGUUCGAAUCGCUGAUCCCAGAGAUCUUUUCCAGCUUAUUCCAUUCUCUGAGACCCACACCACCCAUUUCCACCCCCAGGAGAAGCAGGGGGAUGCUGAGGCCUGCGGGUGAGGGAUUUCUCGUGUGCACAGGGACUUUGUGGAGAUUGGGAUACUGUGCCAGACUACUGAAAACUAAUCAUUUUAGAACAGCUGCAUCAAAUCCAUCAUUUCCAGCAGUUUGGAUGCUAUUGGCACAACAUUCUGGCACAAUACCUGGGCUCUUUGUAGUAGUUCAAAAAAACACUUUGUUCACAAUGCCCGAAACCGUGGAGGAUAAAACUGAUCCAGAACUGUAUCUGCCACAUCCUGGAGUGCGUGGGAUGACACUGCUCAACAGAGAGGCUUUCAAAAGGACUCUGGUUGUUCCAGCUCUUAAAGUCAGGAAGGAAAUUGUGCACAGAGUGCUGAAAUCCCUGAAACAAUCGGUGCUGCAGCGCCCCGGCCUCAAGCGCGUGGUGGAGGACCCAGAGGAUGAGGACAGCAGAUUUGUUAUCCUGGAUCCUCAUAAAGUGCCAGAUUUCUCAUUAGGGGAGUCAGAGCAGCAGGUGCUGAAGGAGCUCAGCGUCCCUGCUGAGGUGUGCAGGUACCAGCUGGAGCUGGGCUAUGAGAAUUUCAAGUCGGAGGAGAUCCUGAGGGCCGUCCUUCCCCAGGGCCAGGAGGUCACCUCUGGCUUCAGCCGUGUGGGCCACAUUGCUCACUUGAACCUCAGGGACCACCAGCUGCCCUACAGACACCUCAUUGGCCAGGUGAUAAUGGACAAGAAUCCAGGAGUCACCUGUGUAGUGAAUAAAACCAACAUUAUCGACAGCACAUACAGGAAUUUUGAAAUGGAAGUGCUUGCUGGAGAGAGCAACCUGGUGACCAAGGUCAAAGAAAAUAACAUUUCCUACGAGCUGGAUUUCUCCAAGGUGUACUGGAACCCGCGGCUGUCCACGGAGCACGGCCGCAUAGUGGCGCUGCUCAGGGCCGGGGACGUUCUGUUCGAUGUCUUCGCCGGCGUCGGCCCUUUCGCCAUCCCGGCGGCCAAGAGGAGGUGCCGAGUGUUUGCCAACGACCUCAACCCCGACUCCUACUCCUGGCUGCUGCACAACUGCCGGCUCAACAAAGUGCACAGCCAGGUGAAGGCGUUCAACAUGGACGGCAGGGCGUUCCUGCGGGGGCCGGUGAGGGAGGAGCUCAGCAAGGAGCUCCCGCUGCUGGGGGAGGAGCACCAAACCGCGUUCCACAUCGUGAUGAAUCUGCCAGCCCUGGCUGUGGAGUUCCUGGAUGUCUUCAGGCAUCUCUUGGUGGGGGAGCCCUGCAGCCCUGCUGGCCUCCCCACUGUGCACUGCUACGGCUUCUCCAAGCACAGGGACCCAGCCAGGGACAUUCAGGAGAGGGCAGAGGCCGUGCUGGGAACCUCCCUGGCCGGGCGCUGCUCCACUUUCCUGGUCAGGAACGUGGCACCCAGCAAGGAGAUGCUGUGCCUCAGCUUCCAGGUGCCAGCAGACGUGCUGUACAAGAGGCCCUGCCCUGAGGAAGCAAAACCAGCCUCAAAACGUCUCUGUACCAGCCAAGAUUGUUCAGAAGAGAAGGCACUGAGUUGAAGACUAUGGUGACUGCCUUAGUUUGUGUAAAGGAUAUUUGGGGUGUCUCUGGUUUACCCCUUGAGUUACAAGGAGCAGAGCUGUGUUCCCAUUGAGUUACAGCUUUUUUUUGGGAGCCUUGCUUCAUGCAGUCACCUUUUCUUCUCAUUGUGGGAUUGACUGAAAUUGCUACUACAAAAAAUUAAAACUUCAUUCUCUUAUAAUAAAUGUGUUUUGGUACUUCCCUGC